AUGUAAGAGAAAGAAACCGUAACGUUCCACACCUCCACCUUUUUUCCAGUCCUUCUUCCUCGUCUAAUAUACAAAAUACCAGUUCAGUUUUGGCACUCACUGCAAUUGCUGCUGGAAGAUGUGAAACUGCACUCUGGUAUCUCCACUCCUUUAUUAACCACCGUAACAAAACAAUCCAAACUGUACAAUCCUCACACAGUUACAAAGAUUAUUCAAAGACAUCUGUGUUGUAGUUCUACAACUACUUGCGCAAUACAUGCUGGGAACUGUAGUUUCUUUUGUUCAGAUAAAAAAACUAAUUGUAAAUUCAGUGAGUACAGGUCUCCAAUCUCAAAACCACAAAGCCCAGAAUGUACAGCACAAGUCUAGCGUCCGUUGACAUAGCAACCGCAGGUUGCAGGAAUGCUUGAUCCUUGUAAAACUAUGGUGCCUUUCCAAGAACCGUAAUCUUCCAUCCCAACUUCGUACUUUUUACGUAUUCUGUCUCUAAAAUAUACAUGAAAUGUACACCCAAGUACAAACACCGUUCUAUUUUUAAUAACUAGUUGCGUACAUUAGUUGCACGAUAUUUUUAUUUACCGUCGCUUUUGAUGAUGUCCCUUCCAGAGAUUGGCUCACUCUACUGUCAUUCCUACAUCCCGGAAGAAAUUGAACCGAGAUAGUGGUAGACACAUGCUGUUGGAAAUUUGGAGGUUCACAACUUUCUGAUGCUUUUUCUGCAAUGAAACUGAAGCUCUUUAAAGUGGUAAAUGGCUGUCGUUUGGGAGUGUUGACAAAUCUUGGAAGAAAUGGAGACAAAUCCCUGGAGAUUCCAGGUUGUCUGCUAUAUACCAGGACUGGAUCACCACCACACCUGACCCAUGACACCCUCAGCAUGAUUGAAGGAGUCCCAGCCGUGACACAGCUCACUCUCUCAUCUUUAGCAGAGCACCAUGAAGUUCUGGAGGAAUACACAGAAGGCAUUGGAAAGUUUAUAGGUAUGCCUCAUUCUGUGUUGUACUGCUCCCUACAAGAUCCUGCCAUUCCAAGCCCUCCUGGAUAUAACACCAACAAAACUGUAUCUGUGUGGGGUACUGGAGGACGUAUUGAACUGACCACUUCCAAGUUCAUGGCCAUGCAACAGGCUUUUCGCCCUGACUGGUAUCAGUGUAUGGCUGAUGGAGAUUCCAUCUCAGAAGGUGCUUCUAAAAAGAGAGUAAAGAAAUCUGUUGAUCGCAGUCUGACUUUCCUGGAUGAGUGUUUACGGAUUCAGCAAGUAUCUCCGGCACUGAAGACUACAGAAGUUGUUGGUGUGAUUGAAGGUGGUGAUAUUUUAGAGGAAAGGAAGCGGUCAGCCAGAGAGACUUCCAAGAGGCCAGUUGGUGGCUUUCUGCUGGAUUGCUUACAGGAAGACUGCAUGGACAGAGAACUUCGCUUGACACUGAUUUCAUCAGUUACCGCAGAGCUGCCUGAGGAGAAGCCCAGGUUAAUUCAAGGAGUGGGACGACCUGAUGAAGUGUUGGAAUGUGUGGAACGUGGAGUUGACAUAUUUGAGAGUUCCUUUCCCUAUCUGGUGACAGAACGAGGAUGUGCAUUGUCUUUCUGCUACACUUUACUUCCUGAUCCUGAGACAGCAGUAUUAACAAAAAAUGGGAUUGAGAAUUCUGAAAAGAGUGAUGAAAUGCCAGAAAAUUGUAUGAAAGAUAGGUGCGACUCAAAAAUAACUCCCUUUGAGAUGGAUGUGAAGGAUGAAAGGUAUCAAGAUGAUUUUAGACCCCUUGUCCAAGGCUGCACAUGCUACUGCUGCAGUCAUCAUACACGGGCAUAUGUCCACCAUCUUCUCAUGACCAAGGAGCUACUAGCAGGAGUUCUUCUCAUGAUCCAUAACUUCCAGCAUUACUUUAGCUUUUUCCAUUCAGUCCGCAGUGCAGUUAAAGAGGAGAGACUGGACUCGCUUAAAGAACUCCUACGCAAACAGACAUUGCAGUUUUAAAGUUAUUUCUUUCAUUUCGUAAUGCAUUUUUAGGAUCUAUUUUACAACACAGAAAAAUUUAAAUAUUGAGUGCUCACAUGAGCGAAAAAUCAGAAAUGAGAAAUCGCAAUUGUGGGGGGCUGCACCCCCUGCUAAAUAUGUAUUCCUACUCCAAGAUCGCACUACAGUGAGGAAAGGGCAAAUAUUCCGAACUUUACUGUACUGCAACCCAAAAAACGAAAUAUCGAAUUCCUGAUUUUUCGCUCAUGUGAGCGCUCGAUAUUUUAAUUUUUCAUCAUUCUAAAGUAGACCCCAUUUUUACAAGGACACUCCUACCGUAUGGGAUCAAACAGAAUUGUUCUUGUAGUCCUGAAAAGACAAGGUAUCUCUGUAUAUAUUUUAUUUUAAUUUAAAUGUUUUAUUGUGCUGUUAUAAAUAAUUUGCGCCUCAGUAGAACCUGGAGGAAGUUCAGUGGUGAAAAGUGAAACAGACUGAGAUGUAGAAAUGUUGCUCAUUAGUAGAGUUGUCGAAAUGCUGCUCACCGCCAUUAUCUGUGCUUGAAAACAUUGCGUGUCUAUGUGUAGGGGUGUUAGUAAGAUGAGAGUGACCUAGGUGCAGUAUUUGAAUUUUGCAAUAAAAAAAAAAAUGCAAAGUCAGAAUAUACAGAAACAACGUUUUAUGGCAGAUAAAAGAUCUUAUUGGCACAUGUAGUCUAUUCAGUUUCUGGUUUAUUAGAUAAGCUCUGAAACUUGAGUCUUCUAAUGAAUCACAGCUGUUGAAAACAGUUGCGCAUUUGCUGUUAUAAUGUCGGGUAUAUAAUGGGCUUCCUGUCUUUCACACUGUCCUCAGUAAACAAUUACUUUGCACAUUACCUUAUAACAUGAAAAAACUGCAAUUUUCUGAUUUGGUAUAAAUUAUUGAUUUGCAGCUGUUUAUAGAGGUGUGUUACCAGCAUUCGUUUUAUUUUGUUAAACAAACAGAAAAGUGUUUUACAAAUGAAAUGAGUCAUAUUUUUGAAGGGCUAGAAAAAAGGUACAAAGUUAGGACAGCAUCUGACAAUUUACUUUCCUUGGAUCUGGUGUUUUUCUGGAUUGAUAACUUUUGGAACUUCCUCUUUUCCAUUCUUUAGUACAGCAGUAAUUUUCACUCUUAUCCUUACCCUCAGAGAUGUACAUACCUCCUUCUGGCACAUAACAUGGCAUCUUGUACUAGGCUUGUUGGGAAUUCACUACUCAACUCCGUCUCUAGCUGCUUGUACAGUUCACAAAACAUUUUUGUUGUUCAUUACCUGAGAAGCUGAAGCCUACGAAAUGUCACUGUAACUCCCUCUUAUGCAAGGAUAUACAUCAGCAGUGCUUCUGUUGCCUAUGUAAGGAGUACAACAUCAGGCAUAGCCAAUAAGUGUCAAGGAUUUCAGCCUUUAGAGGGAGGAGAGAAGUUAGAGUAUUAAUAGAAGUGGCUAUUGGCUCCCAGUCCAGCAAUCAAAAGGAUGGUCCCUCACUUGAUCCUAGGCUGGUACUGGAGCUUUGAGAGAUGAUGGAGCACAAAACUCGACAUUGGUCACACCAUUCACUAGGUAAUUCUGUAUUGGUAACCUCAGAGUCCUGUCAUGUUGCCUGUCUCUUCUUAUGCUACUGAAGGGUUAAACUUAUGCUCAUUAUCAGCUGAAAUUGAGAGGCUUGUGACUGGUACACCUUAGGAUCUUGUGACUGGUACACCUGAGGAUCCACAUUGUGAGGUGCAUUCCAUGCUGUCUGCACCAUUUCUCCUGUGGUCAAGAGGCCAGUUUGUGCUCACACGUGCUUCCACCUCUUGAGUGGCCCCUUGAGUUCCCAAGUGUAGACUUGGUGGUAGAACUAAACACUGAAAAUUUUUUACCCCAGAUCUUCCCCAGUACAACAGUGCUUAGGCCCAUUUGGGUUCUGCGCCUGAAUGGUCCAGAAGACAGGCCUAGAUGUUGGACAUAUGCCAGGUGUUCAUCUGGUGUGACCUAUCCUAACAGGGGCACAUCUGUAGUUGUGAUACCAGUGCUAGACAUUGCAGCAUUCGCUGCAGCCUCAUUGCAGUCCUUGUGAGUGCUUCCUGGGUGCCACUUUCCUUUAUCUGUUAACCUUUGCACUUGUGUGAUAUGUAGCUGACCUUUUAGGUACUCUGGCCAUCUUAAGACCCAGACAUCUUGAAGAGAAUCUUCCUUCUUCUGUUUGAUCUGGGAAGAGGAUUCAGAGAGCACACCAAGUGUCAUCUUAGAGGCUUUGCUCCCUAGACUCUUCCCUUUUUGGAUGACCCCGUCUUUGUCAGGCUAAUGAAGUCCUCUAUGGCCUGACUUGUAGCCUUUUAACUUCAUUGUCAGAAGUGCCUUAAUGAAUGUCUUUAUAAAGAGGAAUAAGAGCUUUUUGCUGGUCCACCUACAAAUCCUGUUCUUAAGGAUGCUGUUUUUGCAGCCCUGGACAUAUGCAGAUUUUGCUUUUUCUUCUCCUCCAAAAAGCAGAUGCCCACUACAGGCUUUUAGGAGAGUGGAGUGAAAUUUUAACUAAUCUUUCUUGGCCAGACUCCUACAUGAGCUCUUCAGUCUUGCAGGGGUUCUAGAGACCACAGUAUGUUUAUACCUUACAGCUGAAGGACUCUGAAACUUUAGACACAGUGAUCAAGAUGGUGUUCACUGUACUACAUGAAACUUUGAUACCUCAAGUCUGUUUGUCUCAUUUGUUCAAGUUUUAGUUCUCCAUAAUGAAACAGGUACUGAAGAAGCUAGCAGCCCUGUGCAAUUAUGGAGUCAAGGAAGAGUUUUUUAGACUGCUACUAAGGCUUGCAUAGUACUACUUCAAUUUGAAUAGUCAUCAGCAAGCACCUUUGGGUUCUUGAUAUGGUCACAGACGGACACAUUUUUGGGCUUUUAUAUCCAGUGCUUACAGCAGCUCAACCCAGGGACCAGCCCAUCUCUGCAGAAUUCUUUAGAUAGAACCAGACCCUCUUAUAUGGAAGAGCUAUGGAGACUGUCCCAUCUUUGGGAUGAUACCGAUGGUUUAAUAUCCUGUGUUCUUAGUUCUAAAUAUGACAUGAGUUUCCAUCCCACCAUGGACAUCAGUUUCAGCAAGCACGUGUAGUUCUACCUGUUCCAGAUGGUGACUAUCCAUGGGGUCAUUUCACUUCUUCAGUGGGACAUUUGGAUAAUGAAUUACCUCUUUCAUCGGUGUCCUGAAUUCAUGCAGGAGGUUCCUUCAAUUCCUUCUGGGUUAGCAUCACUUUCAUUAGUGUUGUCAUUUGCCUGUUAUCUCUGCUGAGGGUGACAGCCAUGGCAAUAGAGGUCUUGCAGGAAAAUAAACCAUGUGUUUUUUAUGACAGUGAGUGGUAUGUAGUGACCUACAAAAGGGACUCCUUGGUAGCGUCCUUGGCAUGGGCACUCCUAUGAUUGUAGAGACUGUUUCUUUAUAAUCUGGGAGGAGUCCUGUUAGAGCUUCUCUAAAAGCAUUGUUUUUAAUGUGGUGAUGUUGGUCAACCCACAGUAUUGGCCAUUCCUGCCAAAAGAGAAGACCUAGGAAAUUGUUUCUUGCAUCUUAAAUAAGGACACAUUGAGAGGUUCCGUCUCGCACCCUCCUGCAUCACUACACUUAAUGAAUGUCAAAGCCCCCCUUGUUCCUGUAGAAAAACAAUCUGUGGUGUGAUACCUGCACAAAAGAGUUCCACAUUUAUUUAGAAAAACAGUGUGUUCUGCAGUCGGCCAUUGAUGGGAAACUUCACUUACUGUCACUCACAUGUCCAGGUGCUAAUACACUAAUUUUCUGCGUUACCCUAUUAAGGACAUCUAGGUUUAGGAAUCCUGUCUGCUGAGACUCUUUUGGGAGUGGAGAACUGUGGAGCAUGAGCUGUUCACCACUUGGAGGGACACAGUCCUUCUCUAGUUCUGCUUGGUUCAUCAGGGAAGAAUGAGUUGGUGGUGGACUUGUUAAAUCUCCUUGGGCAGGGGAGAUUCUUGUACACCUUUUUCCCCUCAUCCCACUGAUUUUAUCCCUUACCACAAAGUUCAGAGAAAGACAUCAUCUCACUUUCUAGCACUGUGGUUGCUGGGGAUAGUGUGGUUUCAGACUAACAGGUCACUGCCAGUGCAGAAAACUGUCUCAGUUUAGUCCAGAGAUGACACCUGAUGGGGUUGAUAUCUGUCUGUACCUAACGGCCAGACUUUUUGUUUAUAUUCCUUACUGUCACUGGUUCUUCUGUUGAGAUUCUCAGAGGUGACUGAGGCUGCCAGAAACUCUUCCAUUUGCCAGAUAUAUUUUGAUAACUGCUUCUGUAUUUGGGCAGAGUGGUAACCUAUGUUGCCUCCAUCAUUUAUUCAGCAAGUGAAUCCUGAACUUGAAUACCUGUAUGACUUGAGUCUGAGUUAUCCCCUUGUGAGAGUGCAGGUCUCUGACAUAUUUGGACAUCACCACCUCAUGGAGGGCAGAGCUGUUGUCCAGGGACAGCUGCUGAAACAGUUCAUGAAGAGAGUACUGCAACUAUGAAAGAAACCUCCUGUGAGCUCUGCUUUUCACCUCACAGGGAAUAAAAGUCCACAUAAAAGCAGGUUUAAAUAAAGUUUACUGUGAACUUAACCAAUGAGAUUAAAGAAACGUAUUCAACUACAGAAUGUAAAAUACAUUCACUCUUUUAUCAACCAUGCCAUCAAAACUGUUAAAAAUGACGUAUUAACAGUGGAUUAUUUAACCCCCACAUCUUGUUUGCAAAGUCUUGGAGUUAAAAAUUAACUGACUGUCUAAUAUUAAUGAUGUGGCCACAACAAAUUACCUCUGGUGCAUUUCUGGAGCAUUCAACUUACACUAAAUUGUCAUCUGUUAUGCCAUUACCAUGGAAUACACAGUGGACAGCAACAAUAUUAGUUAUAUUCUGACUUCUGAUACAAGUCCAGUGCUGCAUAAUAUGUACCUUUCAAGACGUUUCUGUUCUGCCGUAUGUAUUGUAAUGUCUUUGGGCAGUUAUACAGACAUAAAGGUACAAGUGAAUAUCAUAUUCAAAAAGAAUUGCUAUUAAUGAAUGUAGCAUGUAAACUGGCAAUAUGCUAAGAAAAUUUCCACUCGAUAGAUUGACAGCAUGCUUACAAAUAUACUUUUCACAAUGAAAAGCAUCUAAAGAUGAAAUACUAGGCAUUAAGGUAAUUUGAGUACUGAGCAAAAUGCUAUAAAGAAACAUGUCAUACAGAGUCCUACCCCUUUUCUGUACAAAAAAAGUAAUUUUAAUUGUAAUGAAUCUGUUUAAAGAGGUUCCAGAUAUUAGAUUAAGCCAAUGUUCUGAAAAUGUUUUUUUCAGCAGUUGUGAAAAGUUGCUAUCAGUGGUUAAGUAGUAUUUCUUGAGCAUUUUACAAAUAUGUAUUAAAAAAGGAAAGCAGAAAGGUGCCUUUACUACUCAUUUUUAAUAAUUUUAGUUUCAUAUUUCAAAAGCUGAUACUCUAUAUAACUCAUUUCUAAACUUUUUCUUUCGGCUUUUCCUGGGUAGGGGUUGCCACAGUGGAUCACCUGUCCACUCAUUUCUAAACUGUAGCUUGCAAAUCCAGUGUUGUAUUCUGGAAAUCAUGACCAUUGGUAGUGUUUGCCUGGCCCUGUAUAAUUCACCAAAUUGAUGUAAUGUAGCAGUUAGGGAAGUUAACAUCUAGAAGCAUGUAAAACAUUUUUGACUGAAACAGUUUUCUGUAUAGCCUUCUGGUGACCAGCUGGAUUGAAAUACCUAAUAGUCAUAUCCAAGCAGUCAGUAAUAGAUGACAUAAGAGAAACUGUAAUCCGAAGACCAAAAGGGUACCCAAUAAUCCAUUAAAGAAAUCCCAGAAUUGUCUGUUGUCACUGGCCCGUAUAAGAUUAUCUGUGUAUGUAACAUAAAAGAUUACUCAAAAAAUGUAUAAUGUAUGCCAAAAUUUUCUCAAAAGAAAUCCAUAAAAAGAUAGAAUCUGCAUGUAUUUUUAAAUAUGACUUUUAUAAACAAAGGACUAAAUGGGGACCUUCACUGCUCCAUCUUAAUAUAGUUUAUAUGAAAUGUUAUUUUUUUUUACCUGUUGUGUUAUGGGCAUAAAGAGCUAAUAUUGAUGUUUCACACUCUAGGAUUGAAUAAUUUCCUUUAGUCUCAUUGGCUAAGUGUCUCACUUCAUUAUGUAAACUUGUUUGUCAUAACUUCACAUACAUGCUGAGAUGCCAUUAAUUUCCUUCAGUAAAUAGAACAUUUCAUUUGGUCUGUUCUGCCUCUUUAUUUUGGCUUUAUUUGCCUGUCUUUUAAGAGCCAAUCUGAAGGUGUUAAUCUUCUUCCAUUCCUCACUGAUGGGGUACGGUUCCAAACCCUCGGAACCGACGCUACUACCCACAAUGCCCUUCAUCCCAUACCUCAGAUCUCAUUUGCCACGCAGCCAUAUAGCAGCGUUUUUACCGAGCUCUCCAGCUAAGUAGUUUUGACUUAUCUAAAGAGUGUAUUUCUCCAAUAUCUUCUCUACUAGUGUCUUUCUCCUAGUCUAGCUCUACCCACAGGUGUUACUUUUCUUAGCAUUGUUGGUAUUUUCUUGCCUUUCCUUACCUUUUACCACCCUCGUGGUAACUCUUCUUACCAUUGCUGGUAGUUUGACCUUUCUCUCCCUCUCUUCUUUGUCUGAGUAAGUGCUAGUAUGUCUGAGAAAAAGGAUACUUCAGGUUUUAAACACUGCAUGUUGUGCAGUGGUAAAUUACCGAACAGUGACUUGCAUUUUAAAUGUGUUUAUUGUUUGGGCAUUUCGCACCUUUCUGCGACUCUCCCAUGUGAUAUUUGCACGAGUUUUAGUCAACGGACAUUGAAUGAACGGCGCAACAAAUUGAUUUUGAAAGGAUAGCUUUCCUCUCCUUUCUUGGAGGCUAUUUCUGCGGAGGUCUCAACCCCUCCAGUCAAGUCUAAGGCCUGUAGAUCUUACUCUGAGCAUCAGCUAGCUGUCUCUGUGCCACCGAUUUUGGCGCUGAGCGCAGUUUCUGGGAAGUCUGAAUUGUUGGUUCUGGGCUUUGGCACCAACGACUACCGAGCCGCUGAUUACUUCGGUUCCAACCAGUCUGGUUCUGGACACCUCAGCACCGACCUCACCUUUACAGACACCGGCUCCGAUGACCUCGGAUCCAGUUUUGACUACUACCCCGAUUGUGCCGACCUUACCAUUUACGCAAUUCAAAUCAGAAUCCUCGGCUCCAUUGAGUUCCUUAUCAUGGACCAGGUAUUCAUCUUCUGUGGAUCCGUUUGCCGGACAAGCCUACAGUCCCUUUCUGGACCGGCCUGAAUCCCCUUCCGGGAUAUCAGUUAGGUCUGCCAGGCAUGUGUCUGAAAUAGACAUUGUUCAUCUCGUGGAUCAGGUAUUGACUGCAAGAGGAAUCUCCAGACCCUGUUCCGCUCCAGGUGUUGGGAUUUUUCCUCCUUCGACUCCUUCAUAUUCUCCUGAUGGGGAUCUUUUGGUUCCAAGGCCCCCUUGCCCAUUGCUUUCAACACGACCCCUUCCUUCAGCACCGACUACUAUGAUGCCUGAAGCAUCUAAGCCCUGGUGGGUGUCAGUUCUGACGGCAGCCCACCUUACUUCAAUCCAUUGCUUCGGAGGUGGAAUAUUCGGUUCUGGUCCCGGCACAGACAGCCUUUUCGGUUCCUGUGUUGGAUCCAAGAGUUAUAUCCGCACCAAACCCCUCUCAAACUCUAGUCUUGGAGGUGGGCAGUUCGGAGCAGGGUGUGACCCUGGUUCCAAUUCAGUCCUCUUUGGUUCCAGGCUCCCAUCCCUGUUUGGGUGGGCCCACCUUCUGGAUUAUGGAAAGGGAGCUGGCGGCUAGUAAUCCUCCUCCUUCAGCUCUGCCUUUGGUUCCCCCCCUAACUCAGCCAUCGCCAGCCCUUAGCAGGGGACUGCUAAUCCAAAGCACCCCCCCUUUCUGAGGUGUCUUCGGACAUUCCCACUGAAGAGCCCCCUCGGAAGAGGGUGUUCAAAAGAAAACACAUGGACUCACCUGAAGAGUCCCUAACUGAGGAUAUAGAUUACGAUGAUGGGGAAGGUUCCCCUAGAUCACCCCCUGACGAUGUUUCCUUUGUGGAUAUCUUGGAGAUUUUGAGUCAGUAGGGUGCAUGGAAAUCUUCCACCCCUUCCCCAGAGGAAUCCAUAUUCCUACAAGCUUUCUGUUCCCGGCCACUACUUCCUGGGUGACCCCUCCUGCAGAUGAGUUGAUCAAAUUCAUUGUGCAGCGAGCAUGGAAUAGUUGGUCGAAAGGCUUGCCAGUAGACGCUGUGGUGGUGGUGGCGGCCACAAAGAAGGACCUGGCGGAAGAGAGUCCUGCUGUUCAUCCACCCAACAGGGAGUCCCGGACGGUGGAUAGGUUAGGGAAGUGAGUUUUUGCUGCAGCGACCUUUGCCGUACGUUUGCUGAAUUUCCUGGCACACUUUACGAGACUCCAGAGAGACCUUAUUUCUGAACUCUCUGGUAGCCUUGCAGGUCAAGUGUCGGAUGGAGUACGUGACAAAGUAGCUUCCCAACUUGCCACCCUUGAAGCAAUUUUGAAUUCCUCCAUGAGGUUGCUCUCUCACGCAACCGAAGGAGUAGUUAGAGCAGCAGGUGCUGGCGUGCUUGUCCGACGUCAUGCCUGGAUGCGCAUUUCUGACCUACCAGAUUCCUUCAAGUCUUCCUUUUUGAAUGCCCCUAUUGAGCCCUUCUCGCUCUUUGGUUCUAAGGUCAAGGAUAUUUUGGCCAGGUGUGAGCAGGACAGAAAGACCUUGUCUGCCAUGGGCCUGUGCUUCUCCAAACCUCAGCAUUCCUUCUCCAGGAACCAGAGGAGUGGAAAGUUGUGGCACAAGAAGAUGCAAGGUUUCUUUCGUGACGCACGUGGCGAGAACUCCUCCAGAGGCAGAGAGGGGUCUGAUGGUGGAAGACACUCCUUUAGGGGCAGAGGGGGUUACCAGAAUCAGGGCUCCAGAGAUUCUUUCUCCGGUAGGCCCUAUCAUUGCUACUGAAGCAUUGCCCAAUUGCUUUCCUCUGGAAGCAGUCAGGGUGCAUUUCUCUCAGCACCAAACAGCCUGGUCCUCCAUUACUGACGAUCUCUGGGUGCAGAGAAUUAUCACUAGAGGCUAUCACAUUCCCCUCAAAUUCUUUCCAAGACCUCAAUUCUCCCUUCCUGAUGUACCACCCAGUCAAAGGGAGGAGGCAGCUUCCGAAAUCAAGAAGCUUCUUCUAAAGCGAGUCAUCCAAAAGCUCCCCCCAGAUCAAUGCGGAUUAGGCUUCUACUCCAGACUCUUUUUGGUGCCAAAAAGACGGGGGGCUGGAGGCCCAUCCUGGAUCUCAGUCGUUUGAACGAGUCAGUCAUACAGACCAAGUUCCGCAUGGUCACUAUUCAAUCCAUCCUUCCAUGCCUUCGGGAGGGUUUGUGGAUGUGCUCUCUAGA